GCCGGAGCGGGGACACUGUCAUGCCCAGCCUUAGGGAACCAAGACCGUCGGCGCUGUGAAGCAGCACCCUGAUGACUCGCCGACCGGGUCUUGCUAAACUGCCCAGGCUGCCUCAAAUCCCAGGGCUCCAGCGAGCCUCCUCUGCAGGAGCUAGGACUACAGACGCGAAGCGGGCCGGGACCCGCCGGACCCGACCAGACCGGACCCUGGGGGCGAUGCGGCUGCUGCCCCUGCUGCGGACUGUCCUCUGGGCCGCGCUCCUCGGCUCCCCUCUGCGGGGGGCCUCCAGCCUCCGCCACCCCAUCUACUGGAACUCCAGUAACCCCAGGCUGCUUCGAGGAGACGCUGUGGUGGAGCUGGGUCUCAACGAUUACCUAGACAUCUUCUGCCCACACUAUGAAAGCCCAGGGCCCCCGGAGGGGCCCGAGACCUUUGCUUUGUACAUGGUGGACUGGCCCGGCUAUAAGGCCUGCCGCGCAGAGGGGCCGAACGCCUUCCAGCGCUGGAAGUGCUCACUGCCCUUUGCUCCCUUUGGCCCUGUUCGGUUCUCAGAGAAGAUUCAGCGCUUCACACCCUUCUCCUUGGGCUUCGAGUUCCUGCCUGGAGAGACUUACUACUACAUCUCCGUGCCAACUCCCGAGAGUCCUGGCCAGUGCUUGAGGCUCCAGGUGUCUGUGUGCUGCAAGGAGGGCAAGUCGGAGCCAGCCCAUCCAGUUGGGAGCCCUGGAGAGAGUGGCACGUCAGGGUGGCGAGGGGGACAUGCUCCCAGCCCCCUCUGUCUCUUGCUGCUGUUGCUGCUCCCCAUCCUCCGUCUCCUUCGAGUUCUGUGAGCCCCGUGGAGCCAGAGCCCUCCCAAGGCCCUCGGGAGCGGGUCCCUGCCACCUGCACUGGGGAUGCCAAGCCAGACAGACACAAUGGAGCAUUGAUGGAGAAAGUCAGAGGGUCUGAGGUGACCCCUGUGGGAGCCUUGCCCACUCGUCACAGUUGGAGAAGAGCUGCGAAGGAACUGCAGACAGCCCAGGCACCCCAGAGGAGAGCCGGGACAAACAGCCUCAUCCGCUGCCUGAUGAUUCUCUCCCUCCACRAGAAGAUUGGGGUUUAGGGGGAUGGAACCCUUGAGCCACCAGGGCCAAGGCAGAAGACCUGGGGACAGGUGGACUGCCGGCCCAGGGCAAAGGAAGAGCCCUGCUCUCUGUGCCCCUUAGGCUUCUUCCCUGGGGCAGCACCUUGCCGUCCCCAGGGGGUCACUCACUUGUCUUCCGUGAAGACGGACUUGUCAUGAGGUUGAAUUUCAUGCCAGUUUGUAUUUUUAUAAAG